CGCCGGCCAGCAGCAACAUCACGGCCUAACAGGGUCUAUCAUGGGCGGCGUGGCUAACAUGUUUGGUGGAGGCGGCAACCAGACACAAGGACUUCGGCUAUUCGAACACAGGAGGGACGGGCCCAUACACAGGCCAGGUGCCUCCCGCAUCAUAUGAGCCGCCUGCGACAAGCUCCUCUUCGAUGAGCGGCUUGGGGGGAGGCUCUACGUAUCAUUCCCCGCAUUCGAACCAAAUGGGCACGCAACGUCCUCCCAAUGCCCGUACAUCUGGGAACAGCCCAUCCUUCGACGGGCCUCCCGUGCCACAACAAACGUAUCCGGCGUACGGGCACAUGCCGCCACCGCCGCCGUCAGCCGGACGGCCAACAGCGACGGCAUAUGGCCAGAACCCACAAUCAUACGGCGCGCCGUCCCAACCGGGUGUUCCACAGCCGCAGUAUGGGGUUCCAGGUCCCUACAACCCGCACUACUCGGGCGGCGGAGCCUCUGCUGGCUAUCCGGGCGCCCAGCAUUCCUUCCCAACGGGCCCUCAACAUCACGGACAGAACUAUGGAUCGCCAUACUGAGAAGGCGGUAACAGUUUCUUCUAAACAAUGGGAACGGUUGGACCAGUGCCAUUUGCUGGCGGACGGCCUCACACUUCUUCCUGCUCUCAUUGUUUUUUUUUCUUUCUUUUCUUUCCUUUUUUUUCUUCCUUUUUUUUUCUUUUUUUCGUCCCAUUGGCUAGCGCCUAGCACCCAUCACAUAUAUUGCGGAGGAAGAGUUUCGCGCUUGCUACUGUAUGCGCCUCUAGUGAAUUAUGUUCUCACGAUAAUGUAGCAGAAUAUCGACAUGCUGGAAAUCAGGAUUGUAGUGAUUU